AUGGGAGGACUUAAAACCAGAAACAAGAGAGUGGGACCAGGAGAGGCAUGUGAGGACUUCAGUGAGGUAAAGGGAGUUUCCAAAAAAGUUGUUUGGAAGUUGAAGCAAGAAAGGGUCACAACUAAACGGUUCCCCCCCGUUCAAAGACUGGGCCAUUAUCUUAUGUGGAUGCGACCUCUUCUCCUCAUCCUGGGACUCACUGCAGCUGCUGCAAUUGAGGCUCAUGGAUCACAGAGAGACAACAGAGAGUUCAACCCAUCAUUAUUACAUGUUGAUGGCAAUUACGAGUGGACAUCCUGGUUCAAUGUGGACCACCCUGGGGGUCGUGGAGACUAUGAGCAGCUGGAGGCCAUUCGUUUUUAUUACAAAAGCCGAGUGUGCACUGCCCCACGAGCGCUGGACGCCCGAACAACUAACUGGAUCCCGGCCCGAGAAACUGGAGAGAAGGUCCAUGCAGACCCCACUGUGGGAUUCUGGUGCCUCAAUGCAGAGCAGGGAUCAGGCCGAAACUGCUCCAACUACGCUGUGCGCUUCCUCUGUCCAAAAGGAUUUGCCAGCGACAGUGGGGAUGUGGAUGGCACCUGGGGUCCCUGGUCAGACUGGAGUGAAUGCCCAGCUCUCUGUGGCCAGGCUGGGAUGCAACAUCGCUACAGAUCGUGUCAGAGUGGUGCUGUCCCCUGCAUUGGGUCUAAAGUAGAAGACAGAGAAUGCUAUGUACCGGAAUGUCCUAAGAAAGCAGAGUGCAGUCUGAAGUGUGAGAUGGGGCGAGUGAACGCUGACUGUGAUGCCUGCAUGUGUGAAGAGCACAUGGUGCUGGGGUCAGUGCGCGGGGCAGGAGGUCUGGCUGCAGAGGGGGCUGUGAUUCUGCUGUACACUAAACUGAUGACUAUCAGCGAUCACAAUGGACACUUCAGAAUCCCAGGGCUCUGUCCUGACGGCAAGACGACACUGACAGUCAGACUGCAGGGACAUGCGCCCAAAAAUGUUGUGGUACAACACAGCACUGACCGCACAUCUGUCCUCAGCGUCCAGCUACAACGAACAGAGAAGCUUCAUAUAUCGAGCAACCCAGAGAGCAAGAUCAGAAGGGAAGGACAGACAGCAGCUUUCUGCUGCAAAGUAGCAGGGACCCCUCCUCCAGAUAUAUACCAGUGGUACCACAACAACACUCUUCUGGAGAGGGAGUCAGAAGGCACUUUGGUUUUGAGGAAUCUUCAGCCUGACGAGGCAGGAGAGUAUUACUGCAGAGCAAGUGGACCUUCUGGAGCCAUCAAGACCAAACCAGCCACGCUCAGAAUUAUCGGAAGCAAAGACCAAUCCUGCAAUCCUGUUCCUGAACAGAACCUCAUCCGGCUUCCAUAUGACUGCCUCCAAAACCGCACCAACUCUUUGUACUAUGAUGUGGGCAAGUGUCCUCCCAGAACGUGCAGUGGACAGCUGGACAGUGGCAUAAGUGGAGAGAACAAUGAGCCUCUAAACGCAGGUGAAGUAAAGGUAUUUUUGGAUUCCACACAGGUGACAAUGCCUGAACAUCUCAACAAUAUGAAGUUGUGGUCAUUGAAUCCUGGAACUGGACUGUGGGAGGAAGAGGGCAGUCUACAGAUGGAGAAAAAGAGGAGGGGAAAACGUGAGGAGAGGACUUUUCUCAUUGGCAACAUGGAGAUUAGAGAGAGGCGGUUAUUCAACUUGGAUGUCCCAGAGAAUCGUAGGUGCUACGUCAAAGUUCGGGCCUUCCGUAGUGAACGCUUCAUGCCAAGUGAGCAGGUUGAAGGAGUAGUGAUCAGUUUGGUCAACAUGGAGCCAACGGCUGGAUUCUCUACAAACCCAAGAGCGUGGGGGCGGUUUGAUAGCGUCAUCACUGGUCCCAAUGGCGCUUGUCUUCCAGCCUUUUGCGAUGAACAGAAAUCGGAUGCCUACACUGCCUUUGUUAUGGCGAAUCUUGGUGGAGAGGAACUGGAAGCAGUGCCCUCUAGUCCCAAACUUAACCCUAACCUCAUCGGAGUUCCUCAGCCCUUGCUAGGUCAACUCAACUACAGACGCACAGACCAUGACGACAACAGAUUGAAGAAGACUGCAUUCAGCAUCAAUGUGGGAAAACCCAGAUCAAACGCAGCUGAGGAGGGGAACGGUCCCAUCUAUGCUUUCGAGGGAUUAAAAGAUUGCGAAGAAGCACCGUUUAGUGCUGCUCACUUCCGCUUCUCAAGAGUAGAGGGAGACAGAUAUGAUUACAACACGGUGCCAUUCAACGAAGACGAUCCAAUGAGCUGGACUGAGGACUAUCUGAGCUGGUGGCCCAAGCCGAUGGAGUACCGAGCGUGUUACAUCAAAGUCAAAUUAAACAGUCCACAUGAGCUCAAUGUAAGGUCUAGAAAUAUGGGCGGGACUCAUCCAAAGACAGUGGGUCAGCUGUAUGGCCUCCGGGACACUCGUAGUAUUAGAGACAUGGAUCAAGCAACCAUUUCAGCUGUGUGCGUAGAGUUCAAAUGCAGUGGCAUGUUGUAUGACCAAGAGCGUGUGGACAGGACACUAGUAAAGGUCAUACCACAAGGGAGCUGCAAGAGAGAACAAGUUAACACAAUGCUUCAAGAGUAUCUUGUCAACCACCUGCCUUUAGCGGUCAAUAAUGACACCAAUGAAUUCACCAUGCUGGCACCACUCGACCCUCUCGGACACAACUAUGGCAUCUACACCGUAACCGACCAGGACCCACGAACAGCCAAAGAAAUUGCCCUGGGACGCUGCUUUGAUGGCACCUCGGAUGGUACUUCGCGUGUUAUGAAAAGUAACGAAGGUGUAGCGUUGACGUUCACCUGUGGAGACCGGGAAGUAACUCGGCAAAGUGUUUUCCAAACCGUUCAAAAUGCUCAGGCAGGAAGCGGUGGGUUGAGAGGGGAGGUAAGGCAGGGCAGGAGGAAGCAGAGGGGCUCCAAUAUAUCACGAAACAGUCGCAGGCGCAGCACUCGGGAUCCUGCAGGGAGGCGCAAGAGCUAUGGAAAUUAA